AUGCCCAUUGCUAUCAUCGGGAUGGGAGGUCGAUUCCCCGGCGAUGCUUCCAGCCCCGAGAAGCUUUGGGAACUGGUCUCUCAGGGCCGGAGUGCUCUGAGUGAAGUCCCCAAAGACCGAUUCAACGCCGACGCCUUCUACCACCCUCAUCAUGAGAGACAAGGAACGCUAAACGUAAGGAAGGCGCACUUCAUGGAGAGCGAUAUCUCGGAUUUCGAUGCCCCUUUCUUCUCAAUCACCCCAGCCGAAGCCAAGGCCAUGGAUCCGCAGCAGCGGAUGGCGCUGGAGUGUACCUACGAAGCGUUUGAAAAUGGGGGUCAACGUCUCGAGGACAUCGUGGGGUCCAAGACCUCUUGCUACAUCGGUUGCUUUACGCGUGAUUAUAGUGACAUGCUUGCCUGCGAUCGGGAGAACCUCCCGCUAUACCACGGUACUGGUACAGGCUCAGCCAUCAUGUCCAAUCGGAUUUCUUGGUACUUUGACCUCAAAGGACCAAGUGUUAGCCUCGAUACUGCCUGUUCUUCUUCUCUCGUUGCAUUGCAUUUGGGAUGCCAGAGCCUUAGGACUGGAGAGUCAGAGAUGUCCGUCGUCGGUGGAACCAACCUCAUACUGCUUCCGGAUAUCAUUCCCGACGGCAAAUGCCAAUCUUUUGACCACAAGGCGAACGGCUAUUCCCGUGGCGAGGGCGCUGCCGUUGUCAUCCUUAAGCCAUUGCAUCUGGCACUGAGAGACAAUGAUGUGGUCCGCGCUGUAAUCCGCGGGACUGCGGUCAACCAGGAUGGUAACACUCCUGGAAUCACGCUCCCAUCAGCGACUGCCCAGGAGAGCUUAAUUCGGGAAACCUAUCGGAUGGCUGGUCUUGGCUUCGCUGACACGGCUUAUGUCGAGGCCCAUGGCACUGGCACUCCUGCGGGUGACCCCGUCGAAGCACAGGCGCUGGCAGCUACGUUUGGGAUGUCACGAUCCCCAGAUGAUCCUGUGUAUAUCGGCUCAAUCAAAACAAACAUUGGGCACUUGGAGGGUGGUUCUGGUCUUGCUCAAGUGGUGAAAGCUGUAUUUGCCCUGGAAAAUGGCGAGAUACCACCUAGUUUGUGGUUCGAGAAACAAAAUGAUCGGAUCCGACUUCUCGAGUCCCACCUCGCCAUUCCCACCACGCUCACCCCAUGGCCUAGGCCAGGGAUGAGACGGCUCAGUAUCAAUUCAUUCGGCUAUGGUGGUACAAAUGCUCACUGCAUUCUGGAUGACGCUUAUCACUAUCUAAAAGCCAGAAGACUAACUGGCAAUCAUAACACCAUGAAGGGCUUCCAAGAUCAGUCCCCCGUGUCUUCCGCCGAUUCUGCAGUUGGCUUGACCCCUCCGGCUUCUGAUAUCAUCUCACUCCUCCCAAUGCAGCUUGAAGAUCUGCGGAUGGCUGACUAUCUCUCCGGUGGGAAAAUCAAACAGCCGAUGUUGUUCAUUUGGACCUCUCAUGAACAGCUCGGGAUUGGAAGAACAGCCAAGAUGUACUCCGACUAUUUGUCUUUCAAGUCUGCGGAGCUCAGCGACAGCGACCAGCAGCAGCUUCUGGACAGAUUCGCCUACACUCUUGCAGCCAGACGCAGCAUUUUGCCAUGGAAAGGCUUUGCAGUUGCCUCAACCCCAGCAGAGCUGGCCAAGGAACUUGUUGAAAGAAAACGAAAGCCCCUCAGAUCCAGCACCCAGCCAAAGUUGGCCUUUGUAUUUACCGGGCAAGGAGCUCAAUGGUUUGGAAUGGGUCGUGAACUGCUUAUCCAUCAAGUGUUCCGGGAGAGUUUGGAGGAUGCCGGAGCGUAUCUCGUGUCGAUUGGUUGCACUUGGUCACUAGUCUCCGAGCUUCUGCGGGACGAGUCUUCUUCCAGGAUAGAUUCACCUGUUCUAAGCCAACCUAUCUGUACUGCUAUUCAGGUGGCCCUGGUGGACCUUACGCGACAUUGGAACGUAAAGCCGUGCGCUGUUGUUGGUCAUUCGAGUGGUGAAAUUGCAGCCGCGUAUGCUAAAGGCGCCAUUAGUAGGGAGGAUGCAUGGCUCAUCUCCUACCACAGAGGACGAUUGUCGGGAAGCAUGCGUGGUAUUGCACCAGAUCUGAAUGGCAGUAUGCUGGCUGUCGGCCUCGGUCUGGCAGGCGUUGAGAAAUAUCUGCAAGCAACGAAAGACAGUAGCGUUGUUGUGGCCUGUAUUAACAGCCCAGACAACGUGACUUUAUCUGGUAAUACUUCGGCAAUCCAAGAGCUGGAAUCACUGAUACAAAAUAAUGGCCACUUCGCCCGAAGACUCAAAGUGGAGACUGCAUAUCAUUCACCACAUAUGCAAGUCAUUGCCAAACAGUACCUUGACAGCCUGAGUAGCAUCGUUCCUCAAAAAGAGGACAGCUCCAUUAAAAUGUUCUCCAGUGUCACGGGUGGGCUUAUCAGCAACGGCGAUUUGAUAUCUUCUUACUGGGUUGCAAAUCUAUUGAACCCGGUUAAUUUCUUGGGAGCUGUGCAGAGUCUCUGCAACUACUCGCCAAACAGCAAAUCCAGGCGAUUAGCGAAACCAUUUGCUGAUAUUUUCUUGGAGAUCGGUCCUCAUUCCGCGCUACAGGGUCCUAUCAACCAAAUUCUCAAUUCUAAUGCCAAGACAUCCCAGCUGACAUAUAUGUCUCUUCUACGCCGCGGGCAAAAUGCUUCUACUACGAUUUUAGAGGCAGUUGGGGCAUUAUUCACGCAUGGGUAUACGGUGGAUAUUGCCAGGGUCAACAGUCGAAAUAUUGUUCGAAAGCAGCAGACAUACCUGGUUGACGUCCCUUCGUUCUCCUGGAAUCGGCAGCACAAGUAUUGGUUUGAGUCUGCCUCAGGAACGAAUCACCGCUUCCGUCAACAUCCACGAAAAGACCUUUUUGGCAGCUUGACGGUAGAUGGCGUUGACAUUGAUCCACGUUGGAGAAAUAUCAUCCGACUGAGCGAGGCGCCAUGGAUCGAGUUCCACAAGGUGCAGGGGUCCAUUUUGUACCCUGCAGCAGGAAUGAUGGUUGCCGCCAUCGAGGCAGCGAAGCAGAAGGCCGAUCCCAAUAAGGAAAUCGAAGGGUUUGAACUCCGGGAUAUCAUUAUUGGCAAAGUUAUUGUGGUCCCGGCUGAUGAUGUCGGAGUCGAAAUGGUUCUCUCUCUCCAACCGUGGAGGAUUGGCUCAGGAGCUAGGACCUCCGCCUGGCAGGAGUUCACCUUGUAUACCAGGCAUGGAGGCUGGGACAAGAAUUGCUCUGGUCUCCUCCGGAUCAAGUACACUGAAUCAAAGAGUUCAUUGUUUGUUGAUGAGGAGAAAGAAGCUGACCGAGCUGCCAAACAGACGUUCUACCAAACAGUUGAUGAAUGUCAGGAGUCGCAGAACCCCCGUCAAUUCUAUGAGCAUCUUACAACCAUCGGACUUUAUUAUGGAGAUAUAUUUCAAAGCAUGGUUGAAAUCCAACACGGUCAUUACAAGGCAGCCUGUUCCAUUCGAGUUCCUGACACUAGGAGUCGCAUGCCCAUGAAGUUCGAAUAUGAGCAUGUCAUUCACCCAGCCACCUUGGAUAGCAUUAUUCAAAUGGCAUUGCCUGCUACAAGCGGUCUUGGUGAAGAGAUGACAAUGGCAAAGGUACCCACCUCAAUUGGCAGGCUCUACGUAUCAGCGGACGUGCCAUCAGAAGCAGGCUCUUUAUUGCAAGGGUACGCUACCGUGCAACUGCAAGGGUUCGAUGGUGGUGAGGCCACUGUGGCGGUUUCUACGCCGGAAUGGAGGAAGCCGCUCGUAAUUUUCGAUGGAAUCAGGAGUAAAUCACUUUCCGGGGCUACAGAUAGCACGGCAGCGGCCGCGAGUACGAGAAAGCUCACGAGCUAUUUUCACUGGAGAGAAGAUGUAUCCAUGCUUCGGCGCGAAGACAUCACAAAGCUUUGUACGAGACCUGUUAAGGAUCUCGAAGCUACUAGCCCAGAAGUCAUCGCCGAACUUGAGCUGGGUGCAUUUGUCAUCAUCAAACGUGUUCUCACUGUUAUUGACACAGAAGAAGCAAAGAGUCUCACUGGCCACUAUCGCACUUUUUACCAAUAUAUGCAGAGAACCUAUGAGCUCGGUAUGCAGGGCAAAAUCCCGCACCAACAAGCGACACCAACCAUUAACUGGUUGGAAACAAGUCUUGAAUAUGAAAACGAGCCACUUGAACGCGUCUCCAGGAAUACAACAGACGGCGCCGUGAUGUGCCAGCAUGGGAAAUACCUUGUCGAUAUUCUUCGCGGUAAUAUUACCCCGCUCGAGGUUCUUGUGAAAGAUGGCCUGUUGCAUAAUUUCUACUCCAGUGGCGUGGGAUGUCCCCAGAACUACUCCCAACUUUCAUCAUACCUGGGUCUUUUCGCGCACAAGAAUCCUGACAUGAAGAUCCUCGAAAUCGGCGCCGGCACCGGAGGCGCAACACUUCCCGUCCUGGAAGCCCUCGGGGGACAAAAUGGGACCAGUCCUAUGUUCUCCAACUACACCUUUACCGACAUUAGCUCGGGAUUCUUUGAAAAAGCGCAGGUAAAACUGAAGUCCUGGGCUCCGUUCAUGACCUAUGCUCGGCUCAACAUCGAAGAAGAUCCUUUCAGUCAAGGAUUUGUGGAAGGCUAUUACGAUGUCAUUAUUGCGUCCAACGUCUUACAUGCAACCCGUUGCUUGGAGACUACGUUGGGCAACGUUAAGAAGAUGUUGAAGCCCUCUGGAAAAUUGGUCCUCAGCGAAAUCACCAACCCUCUCCUCCGAGCGACAAUGAUCGUGGGGUCGCUUGAAGGUUGGUGGGUCGGAGAGGAGGACGGACGUAAAUGGGGUCCGGUCUUGACAGAAUCCGAGUGGAACAAAUCAUUACUACGUUGUGGAUACACCGGCAUCAAUGUCUGCCUUCCCGACUGGAAAAAUCCGCGUGAUCAUUUCUUAUCAGUUCUUGUCUCAUCAGUUGCUCCCCCAGAAUUAGAAAGUGUACAGACAGAGGCGAUCAUUAUAGGGCCUGAAUCACCCUCGGACGAGCUUCACAGACUGUUGAGCGAGCUUGAAAGAAGCCUGCGCAGCCGUGGGGUAGGGGUAUCUUUUACGACUUUGAAGGACGUUGUCCUGGUGGAAGGUAUCAAGAGCAAAUCAUGCUUGGCCUUGCUGGAAUGUGAUUCCAAACAUCCGCUCUUAGCCGACAUUACCCCAGAGGACUGGAAUGCCUUGAAAACAGUCAUUCUUCAAUCAGCUGAUACUACAUGGGUCAGCAGGGGCGCUACGAAAUCUAGCGAGUUCCCUUUCGCGAACUUGAUGACUGGCAUGGCACGCAGCAUUCGAGCAGAAAACCCCCAGGUUGCGCUCACAACAUUGGAUCUUGAUGCGAGGACACCAAUGGACACAUCUGAAAAUGUUCAAAGUAUGGUCGAGAUUUUCAUCAAAGGUGGAAGUUCUAAGCAUAGCCCGCGUCCGGAUUGGGAGUAUGCCAUCCGCAACGGGCGCACAAUGGUCCAAAGGAUACUUAUGGAGAAAGGCAUGAAUGACCUAAUUGCUACAUAUAAUGUUGCGCCCAAGGCCGAGGAGGCUCCAUUCAAGCAGGAAGGGCGCCCCAUGACUCUCUCCGUUGGGACUCCAGGAAGGCUAGAUACGCUCCAAUUUGUGGAUGACCUAAGUCCGCAGGAACCUCUGAAGGAUUUUGACGUGGAGAUUGAGAUCAAGGGAGUCGGGCUGAAUUUCAAGGAUAUCAUGGUUGCCAUGGGCCAAUUGCAACAACUUGGGCUGGGUAUCGAUGCUAGUGGUACUGUAAGCCGCGUCGGUUCUGGCGUCCAUACGUUCUGUCCCGGAGACAGAGUGAUGACAUGGCGCCCGGGAGCAUUCAGCAAUCUCUUGCGGAGCCCAGUUGAUAUGGUGCAAAAAAUUCCCGAAGGAAUGAACUUUGCCACUGCAGCUUCCUUGCCGGUCGUGUACAGUACCGCAUAUUAUGCACUGUACUAUGCCGCUCGACUGCUCCCGGGGGAAACCGUCCUUAUCCACGGCGCUGCUGGAGGCGUCGGCCAAGCAGCCAUUAUCCUGGCCCAGCAUAUUGGCGCUGAAAUCUUCGCCACGGUAUCUUCUGAAGCCAAGAAAGCUCUCCUAAUAGAAUCAUACCACAUUCCCGACGAUCACAUUUUCAAUAGUCGCGAUAUUUCUUUCGCGCAGGGUAUCAGGCGAAUGACCGGUGGGAAGGGCGUCGAUGUAGUGUUGAACUCCCUUGCGGGCGAGUCGUUGAGGCAAUCAUGGCAUUGCAUCCGUGGCUUUGGAAGGUUCAUCGAAUUGGGGCAGAAAGAUAUCGUUGGGAACACCGGCCUGGAUAUGGCGCCCUUCAUUCGCAAUGUUUCUUUCCACUCCAUCAACAUGCUGGCUGUCCUCGAUAACAAUCUUCCCCUAGCGUCUAAGGUGUUCGUGGAGGUGGUAGACUUGCUUCAGAAGGGCAUCGCUCGUCCAAUCAGACCACUCAUCUCUAUGCCUUUCACCAAAAUUGAGGAAGCUUUCCGCCUCAUGCAAACUGGUCAACACAUUGGCAAGAUUGUUCUAGAACCAGCCGACCUUGAGCUUGUCCCAUGCGUGCCUCCUAAGGUCCCUCCAUAUCGAUUCAAUCCAGACGCUACGUACGUUCUUGCCGGUGGCUCUGGAGGUCUCGGACGGGCACUAGGGCGCUGGAUGGUUGAACUGGGGGCCCGAAACAUAGUCUUUCUAUCUCGGUCAGCUUUGAAGAAGCCCGCUUUACGGGAGACAGUCCAGGCUUUGGAAAGCCAAGGGGCCCGGGUAGCAGCAUACGCAUGCGAUGUCAGUUGCGCGAAUGAGGUCGAAGCUGUGGCCGCGCUAUUACGAAAGGAGUUUCCCCCUGUGAAGGGUGCCAUCCAAGGUGCCAUGGUCCUCAACGAUGCUAUCUAUCAGAACAUGACCCACGAGCAGUUUCUGGGUACCAUUCGACCGAAAGUACACGGAAGUUGGAACCUUCACAAGUACCUACCACAGGAUAUGGACUUCUUUGUGCUUCUGUCUUCUGGCGUUGGUAUAGCUGGAUCCCGUGGCCAGGGAAAUUACUCCGCAGGCAACUCCUUCCAAGAUGCCAUCGCCCACUAUCGGCAACACCACAACCUACACGGCGUUUCGAUCGACGUAGGCAUGGUCCUAGGUGUAGGCUUCCUCGCCGACACCACCGAAGAGCGGGUGCACGACAACACAAAAACGUGGAGUUUUAUCGGGAUCCGCGAAAAGGAGUUUCUCGGAAUCGUUCAAGCUGCCAUCACCGGGGUAAGCGUAAAGAACCAACCAAUUCCACCCCAGCUGGUCACCGGUCUCGGAACCGGUGGAAUGAUGGCCCAGGGCGCAGAGAAGUACCCUUGGUGGUUCAAUGACGCGAAAUUCGCGCAUCUGGUGCAGGUUGACACGCACCAGGUUAUACAAACCAGGAAUGAAGCCUCCGUCCAACUACAGGAGCAGUUAUCGCGGGUUACAGGUAUGGACACCGCGUCAGAGAUCGUUUGUGAGGCACUGGUGGCAAAAUUGGCCAAAUCUAUGAUGAUGCCGGUGGAUGAUAUUGAGCAGACGCGGCCUGUGAGCAGUUAUGGGGUAGAUAGUCUGCUGGCGGUAGAGCUACGGGGGUGGAUUUUCACCGAGUUGCAGGCGGACGUCUCAGUUUUUGAUCUCUUGAGUAAUAUCCCCAUCAGUAUGCUGGCAAGGAGAAUUGUCGCCAAGUCCAAGUGUAUUCCUGAUGGUGUUGUGGAAGUGGAGCCGUGA